UUCCGGGUUGGUCAUAUGACUCGGAUUGGAAGAUGGCGUCUGUGCAGUGGCAUUCCCGCACGCGCAACUACGGCGCGGAGUCGCGGAGCUGCCGAGCGACGGCCGUCACGGUGCAGAGCGGCGAUUACCAUCCGCUCAAACCCAUCACGGUGACGGAUUCCAAAUCCUGCCGCAGCGCACGGAAAGGCAGCACGUCUUCAUCGUCAUCUUCGUCCGGCUCCGUCAUUCCUGACCCGCUGAGCUCCAUGCUGGAAGGCACGGACCCUCUGUCCCUCUUCGCCGCCGCCGGCGAAACCCCGGCGCUGUCUCACAGCAGCUCCUCCGUGGAACUGGCGAGGACACGUGGGGACAAAGAAGAAGAAGUGGGCUGUGAUUUUGAGCCGUGGUCUGCUAAACGGGGCGAGAUCCUAGCCAGGUUCACCACGACCGAGAAGCUCUCUAUAAAUCUCUUCAUGGGAUCGGAGAAAAGCAAAGCCACCAGCCCCAGCUCUGCAGUCUCAGAGAAAGUGCGCACUCGUCUGGAGGAGCUGGACGACCUGGAGGAAGUGAAGGAGCUGUUAAACCUCUCUCAGCAGGAUUACGCAAACCGCAUCGAGGAACUCAAUCAGUCCCUGAAGGAAGCCUGGGCUUCAGACCAGAAGGUCAAAGCUCUCAAAAUCGUCAUUCAGUGCUCCAAGCUGCUUUCCGACACGUCAGUGAUCCUGUUCUACCCCAGCAAGUUCGUCCUCAUCACCAACAUUCUCGACACUUUCGGUCGUCUAGUCUAUGAAAGAAUCUGGUCCAUGUGCUCUGAUCCUGCCCCUCUUCCAGACUCGUUCUCAGUGGACGAUGUGAACGACACGGCCAAGGAGACGUGCCUCAACUGGUUCUUCAAGAUUGCCUCCAUCCGAGAACUCAUCCCUCGCCUAUACGUGGAGGCGGCCAUUCUGAAGUGCAACCGCUUCGUGAGCAAAUCAGGGAUUCAGGAGACGUUGCCCCGGCUCACGGCUAUGAUCCGAGGGAUCGGAGACCCGCUAGUGGGCGUGUACGCUCGUGCCUACCUGUGUCGGGUGGGCAUGGAGGUGGCGCCACACCUGAAGGACAGCCUGAACAAGAACUUCUUCGACCUCCUGGCGUCGUUCCGCCAAAUCCACGGAGACAGCGUUCAGAACCAGCUGGUGAUCCAGAGGGUGGAGAUCCCCGUCUACCUCACGCUGUAUUCUCCUGCCAUCCACUGGAUCCUGCAGUGUGUGGCCUACAGAGCACCUGACUUGUUGCUGACGGAAAUGAUGGAAAGAUGCAAGAAACUCGGCAACAACGCUCUCCUGCUCAACUCCAUCAUGUGGGCUUUCCGGCCCGAGUUCGUGGCCGCCAGAGCCACCGAUUUUAUUGGCAUGAUCAAGGAGUGUGACGAGGCGGGGUUUCCCAAGCACCUGCUGUUUGGGUCUCUGGGCCGCAGCCUGGCAUGCGCCGACCCGAGCGAGAGGUUACCCAUCCUCAACGAGGCCUGGAAGGUCAUCACGAAAGUGCGCAGUCCACAGGACUACAUCAACUGUGCAGAAAUCUGGGUGGAGUUUACCUGCCGCCACUUCACCAAAAGAGAAGUGAAUACGGUCCUGGCUGACAUCAUCAAACACAUGACCCCUGACCGUGCAUUUGAGGAUGCUUAUCCACAGUUGCAGUCAGUGAUAAAGAAGAUCCUCACCUACUUCCACAACUUCUCCAUCCUCUUCUCCAUGGAGAAGUUCUUACCCUUCCUGGACAUGUUCCAGAAGGACAGCGUGAGGGUAGAAGUUUGUAAAUCCAUCAUGGACGUUUUCAUCAAACAUCAGCAGGAGCCGACCCGUGACCCCGUGAUCCUCAACGCUCUGCUCCACGUCUGUAAGACCAUGCACGACUCAGUCAAUGCUCUCACGGUGGACGAUGAGAAACGAGCUCUCGCUCUCCUGAUCAAUGGCUUCAUUCGGAUGGUGUCUUUUGGGCGGGACUUUGAGCAGCAGUUGAGUUUCUGUGUGGAAGCCCGAGCCACGUUCUGUAACUUGGAGCCGGUCCUGAUUCAGCUCAUUCACACGGUGAACCAGUUGUCCAUGGAGACGAGACGAGUGAUGGGGGGGAAUCACUCACGCAAGACGGCGGCGUUCGUCAGGGCGUGUGCAGCGUACAGCUUCAUCACCAUCCCGUCUCUCAGCAACAUCUUCAACCGUCUCCAUCUUUACCUGCUCUCAGGACAGGUGGCUCUCGCCAAUCAGUGCCUUUCUCAGGCGGAUUCAUUUCUGAAGGCCGCGGUCAGUGUUCUACCUGAGGUUCCACGUGGGAUCAGUGUGGAGGGGAAGCUGCGUUCCUCUGAACCUUUUCUCCUCGACUUCAUCAACAACUUCCUCUCCACACUGCUGGUGGUGCCGGACCACCCUGAGCAGGGUGUGUUGUACCUGGUGAGAGGUUUGUUGAACAUGGUGCAGGAUUACACGUGGGAGGACAACAGUGACGCCAAAGUGCGCGUGUACAUCAGCGCGUUACAGCUGCUGGCCGCCAUGAGCCAGGAGAGCUACCUGUACACCAUACCUAAAGUGAACAGUAACGAGACGCUGUAUGGCGGCGACCCCAAGUUCGUAACCGAGAUCAAUCGAGUGUGUGAGACGCUGAUCAGACAGGUGCUGGAUUACCUGAAGACUCUGAACCAGGAGGAGUUACCGGGAGCGCGCCGGCAGGGAAAUCUCGCGUUCUCUCUCUUCACGUGUUUGUUGGCUCACGGAGAUCUGCGCAACAACAAACUCAACCAACUCGCCGUUAAUCUGUGGAACCUGAGCCACAAGAACGGCUGCUGUGAUACACGCACCUCGGUGCGCACUCUGGACCACAUCAAGCAGCAGGCCCAGCGUCCUGACAUGUCUCACCUCUCCGACAUGCUCCUCCGGCUCUCGCUGCAGUCACGCACCUGAAGAUCACCGACUCCACACACACACACACACACACACACACACACACACACACACACACACACACACGACUCCAUACUUUUUAUUACUUUCUUUCUCACUUGGAAAUGUUCAAGUGACACACUGGCCACGCCCCCAUUUAGUGCUUCUUUCAAUAAACACUCUUCUGCGACCUGA